GCGAAGCGGAUCGAAGCGACGCGCUUUCGGAUACGCAGGCUCGAGUUGAAGCGGCGAUGCGCGUCAGGUGAAGUGGGUAGUGCAAGUGCCCGUACGCACCGCAACCUUUUUUUGCGGCCUGGUUGUUUUGUGUUCACCGAGUGCGUUCAGCAAGAAGCCUGCAAGGAGCAGCAUGUGGUUCCGGCGACCGUCGAGAGCGCUGUGCCCUUUGCGGGCGGCGGCCACCUGUUCCACGGCGCCGGCCGUCGUCUUUUGAUGCGAGGCCUCGACAAACUCGGUAACAAAGGUUUGGGAAUGUGCCAGAUCGUCAACAGUCGGGGAUUAGGAGGAGACCAAAAGCCAAAGCGAACGCGUUCUUCGAUGGAUGGCGCGAGCGGGUCCAACUGGACGGCCGUCCAGGAAGCCAGUGACCCAUUGCCGUCGGACGCGGUGACGGCGUCGGACGGCUUUUCGAGCAGCUCGACGCCGUCGCCGUACCUGUACCACGCCGGUCGUGCGCUCUACACCACGUCCACGCUGACGCCCGAAGCGGCCCGGUCUCAGUACUACGCCGCCUACGACCCCAUGACGGGACUUCGCAUUGCGGCAACCCUGGGCGCCAUCAUCACGCUCUUCACGUUGUUCCUCAUCUACAAGAGCAAGUGCCGGCCCGCCAAGCCCACACAGCCCCAGGAGGGCGUCUAGCGAAUGGGGGCUGCCCAUGAGCUCCUCAUUCCGACCCCACAUGCACGCAGAGGCACAGUCGUAACGUACCGGGUCCCUACAGUGUUCCCUGCGCUUAUGAACCACGUAUGGCGAGAGCUAACUUCCGUAAGCCUAAUAGGCCCCGUCGUACGUCUCGAGCGGUAUGCUGCACCUUGGUCACACGAGAACAGUCUGGAGACACAUGGUGAAUCCAGAGUUUAGCUAAAGCAUGCUGCAGAUUUAUACGUAAUUUGGGUGCCUCAGUUUUUUUUUACAUUGCUUAAAAGUUUUCCUGAGCAUUUAACGAGGCUUCUUUUUAUGGCAGGUAUUACAUCAAUAAAGAGGACGCUCUGCUCACUAAACUCAUAAGCACGCUCAUGCGCCGACCGUUUUCCGGCGGUAAUAAUUCG